UGUGAAAUAAGGUAAAAUAUUUGUUAUCAUUAAUUAAAUGUAUGAAAAAGAGACCAAUGGAAUAUACUAAUCAUUUAUUAAUCAUUAAAAACUUUUGUGUUUUCAAAACAUAAGGCAAUCAAAAUUUCUAUCGUAUGUAUCAUGUUAUUUAAUAAGCUAUUAAAACACUUCAUUAGUUUCCAGUUUAGGAAUAAAAUCAAGGACAUAAGCUAAAAUGAGGAACGUUUUCCUGUUUUUAUGGAUCUGCAUUUUGGUCUCUUCCAAAAAGGCGGAAGGAUAGAAGUUUGAUGGCCCACUAAAUGCGACAAGCCGGGAAUUUGAAACAUGGUUUAGACCUAGCAGCGCGAGUUGGCGAUAUCGGUUCGCACAAAAAUGAUGUUGCAUUCACUGCAGUCACUUCGAGUACUACAAAUUACAGAAGUGGCCGUACUAUAGCCUUCAACAGAAUGCUUUUAAACCAUGGAAACGCUUAUAGUACCAGCAACUACCGGUUCACUGCACCAUCUGAGGGCCUUUAUGUACUAUUUUCCUGGUCACUAGCUAUAUCAUCAGGAAGCUAUAAUGGCAACGUAAACUUGAUACGAAAUGGUAGUGUUUACCACAGUACCACUUGUGUCAGUACAUGCCAGCAGUGUGGGAGUACCGUGACUAUGUGGCUGGGAAAGAACAACCAAGUCUGGAUUCAGACGAGAAACAGGAAUGUGUACGUCUACGGUACCUACUCCUCUUUCUCUGGUUGGAAAACACACUGGUGA